ACAAACUAAACGAUACCGCAAUACGAGAAGUUCAUGAAGUUCAAAGGUUGAAAGAUCAAAAGUUUUGCUUUCUUUACUAUAAUUAUGUCUGUUUCUGUGUCUAAACGUAUGAUACCAGAUUUAUUCAAACAAAAAAUAACACACAUAACAUUAAAAAGAUAUCUUAAUUAUGUACAAGGUCAGUCUCCUGAACCGAAAAUAAGAGAAUAUUUUUAUUUUAUUGAUCAUCAAGGUAUGUUAUUCUUGGAUGAUUCAAAAAUGAAAAACUUUACAUCCUGCUUCAAAGAGAAGAAAUUUCUGGAUUUCUUCUUUAAGAGAAUUCGACUGAAUAAAACAGGCAGAUAUCAAGACGAAUUCCCUUUUGUUUCUUUUUGUGGUAGAGAGAGAAAUUAUAUAAGGUGUGAUGAUGUUCCAAUUGUGUACACACAUAUAAUAAAUAAACCAGUAAAGGAUGUUGAAACUGACUUCCUGACAUAUGGAUAUGCUGGUGAAGCAUUAAAGUCAUUGUUCACACCAGAAAAGAUCUACAUGAUGCCGCAGACUGGAAGAGUUUAUCAUCCAACAGAUGACCUCUAUGGCGGUAUUGGUUUAAUACGGUCUAAACUAGCCAUAGAAAUAAGCAAAAGCUUUGAUUUUAUUAAUGGUGAAUUAAAGCCCCCUACACACUUCACAUGGAAGAACCACAAGUAUGAAUUAGAUCAAAACUGGUUUCAAGAAAAGAUUAAUGAAUUUAAUUUAAAAAUUAAACAAGAUAUUGAAUAAUACAACUUUUUAUAAAUUGUAAACAUAGUCGAAUAUUAAGAUUAAAUUUUAUUGUUUAUUAAUUAAUCAA